CUCACUCUAACUAUGUUUGUCAAACCAGGGCAAUCAGCGGCGUGUACAGCCACGCAGUCGGAGUCAUACAGGAGCAUUUGUAAGGCGCUGUACUUCGUAUACAUACCCUGUACCGGUACAAGUAUACCACAGUAGUCAGCAAGUCAGCGAGGCCACAUGCACAGCCCACCAUUGACUUUGCUCCUCCCAUCUCGACCCUCUCUCACCAACCUUUCACCAUGACGGCCGCAUACAUGUCUACGAUCGCCAUGCGGCGCCUACCGCUGCUGUCCGGCACCCCCUCUGCACCGCCCACCUGCUUUCUCUCGGCCAUGGUCCUGACGCCGAGACGUUACCAAAGUCAGGAUGCCAAAGCCGCCGUUCCCAGCUUGGCUCCCAAGCGUCUCCUCCCUUCCCAGACCCCUCUACCCUCGCAAUCCGAGCCGUCCAACGCGGUCGAAUAUGUCCUCACCUCACUCGAUCAGCUUGCCAACUGGGCACGACAAGGCUCCGUAUGGCCACUCACCUUCGCCCUGGCAUGUUGCGGCAUCGAGAUGAUGCACUGCUCCAUGCCCCGGUACGACCAGGACCGUCUGGGCAUCAUCUUCCGCGCCUCGCCGCGCCAGGCCGACAUUAUGAUCGUUGCCGGCACCGUCACCAACAAGAUGGCUUCUGCUGUUCGCGUGUGUUACGACCAGAUGCCAAACCCCAAAUGGGUCAUCAGCAUGGGCAGUUGUGCCAAUGGGGGCGGCUACUACCAUUACAGUUACAGCGUUCUUCGUGGCGUCGACCGCAUCCUGCCCGUGGACAUCUACAUUCCCGGCUGCCCACCCACCGCCGAGGCUCUGCUUUACGGCAUUUUCCAACUCCAGAGGAAGAUGAGGGCUCAAAAGGUCACGAGGAUGUGGUAUCGGAAGUAGGGAAACUGCGGUGCACUUGAAAUGGAGGCUACUAGUAAAUAGCGCCCAUCAAUCAAGUUACCCGAAUAUUUCCAAUCGGAUUCCUGGCACGACAAUCCUGGAGAGGUCGAGCGAGCUCGUAUCUUGAGGCAA